UACCAUGAUAUUGUCUCUUAUUUAUUGGUACAACAUAUACAACGUAGGAUUAAAUAUUCAGAAAGCAAAGUCUUAAGCCUCUGAAAUGGUUUGCUUUUGUUUUCUAGUAGACCAGAGGAGGAAGGUGUGGCGGACCAAGCCGGUGGCUGGAACAUGUUCAAGAUGUGGGAGCGGAGCAAGCGUGGCUGACAUAAAGACUUCGACUAGGUUUUGCUAUAUUCCGUUUUACUGGAAAUCUUGGAAGGCCAUCAUGUGCACUUUUUGUGGAUCCAUUCUCAAAUCUUACAGAUAAAAAUUCUGCAGACUGGCUCUUGCUUUUUUAUCUUUAUUUCUCUGACCUUUCCGUAUAUUAGGUUGAGCUCUCGACUGUUUUUUUUUUUUUUUAAUUUUCAUUUAUACUUUUAAGUAUUUUGUAUAAUAUUUUUUGGUGUGAGGAAAAGUGUGUAGAGCUGUAUAUAUAAGCUGCUUGAUGUUUGCUAAUGCUGGAGUAUGCAGUUAUGAAGGAAAAUUUUCUC